AUGAAGAACUUACAUGCUCCCACCGUACCCUCUGGGCCUACCAGCGCUCCUGCAACCAACGGAACGAGCGCCCAUCUGAGCUUCGCCGAGCUCCAGCAAAGGAAGGACAAUGUUGAAGCUGAGCUGAAAGCCCUCGGUGGCGUUCUCGAUUCACAUGGCGUGGAUAUGAAUACGCCCCUUCUUACAAGGGAUGGAUAUCCGCGCUCCGACGUUGAUGUUGCCCAGAUUCGGACUACGAGAGCGCGCAUUAUCCGUCUCAAGAAUGACUACAAGGAGAUCAUGGCGAACGUGGAAAAAUUCUUGCACGAGCAUUUCGCGAACGCAACAGAAAGCACAGAGCUGAGCACGCCAACAACAGCGGCCGGUGCAUCUGGAAUUUUACCGGAUAGCGAUACGCAGUCUCUAGACCCUCCAUUUGCCAAGGUCGAAAGCGUUGCUACCAACAGCCCUGCAGAGCUCGCAGGCCUCAAGGUGGGUGAUGAGGUUCGCAACUUUGGCUACGUCAACCGAGCAAACAACGACGGCCUAAAGAAGGUGGCGGAAUGUGUCCAGGGCAACGAAGGGAGUAACAUUUUUAUUCGAGUGUCACGACCCUCCGGUGUUUCCUCAAGGGAAGACCUGCGGUUAACGCUGACACCACGGCGGAACUGGGGCGGUCGAGGCAUGUUGGGCUGCCACAUUACGCCAAUAUGA